UGCGCGCGCGCGGGCUGCGGAGGAUGUCGACCCCGCUGCGGGGACAAGCUGCGGGCCGGACCCCCCCGUCCAGUCGGCGGUUCCUCGCCCAGUCGCCCCCCUCCCGCGGCCCCCUGCACCCAUGAAGGCCCCGCCGAUGAGGCCCCGAGCUGCCGGUGCGAGGCGGACAGCAUGUACUGGCGCGUCGGGUUCGCCUGGACGCGGUCGUGUGUGGUCGAUCUCAGCCAGAACCAGAGCGUCUCCUCCGGCCUGCUGGGCGCCGCCGACGAGCGGCUCUCGUUUCCCGGCUACGUCGUCGCCUGCCCUCUGCGGGACCGCGGCGGGGUGAUGUCGGCGCUGGGCUCGGACUCGUGGUGGCGGAAGACGCUCUAUUUGACCGGAGGGGCUCUGCUCGCCGCCGCGGCGUAUUUGCUACACGAGCUGCUCUCCAUCAGAAAAGAGGAAGAGCUCGACUCCAAAGAUGCCAUCAUACUCCACCAGUUCUCCAGGCCCGAGACUGGCGUCCCUUCCCUGUCCCCUUUCUGCCUUAAGAUGGAGACGUACCUCCGUAUGGUCGACCUGCCCUACAAGAACUACUUUGAUGGGAAGCUCUCCCCGCAGGGCAAGAUGCCGUGGAUUGAAUACAACAAGGAGCAGGUGUUCGGCACGGAGUUCAUCAUCGACUUCCUGGAGGAGCGGCUGGGCGCGAGCCUCAACGCCAGCCUGACGCCGCAGGAGAGGGCCAUGUCGCGCGCCAUCACCAAAAUGGUGGAGGAGCAUUUCUACUGGACCAUAGCUUACUGUCAGUGGGUGGACAACCUGGAGGAGACCCAGAAGAUGGUGUCCGUGAGCGGGCCGCUGAGCGAUCUGCUCAAGUGGAUCCUGAGUCAACUGACCGGUGGAAUCGUCAAGCGGGAGAUGUACGGACACGGGAUCGGGCGCUUCUCCGAGGACGAGGUUUACGCCCUGAUGGAGAAGGACAUGCGCACGCUGGCCACGCUGCUGGGUGAUAAGAAGUACCUCAUGGGCUCCAAGCUUUCGUCGGUGGACGCCGCAGUGUUUAGUCACCUGGCUCCUGCCAUGUGGACUCUACCCGGAACACGGCCCGAGCAGCUCAUCAAAGGGGAGCUCAUCAACCUGGCCAUGUACUGCGAGCGCAUCCGCCGGCGCUUCUGGCCCGAGUGGUUCGUGGACCUGGAGGACUUCUGCUACAGCGACACCACGGAGGAGAGCGACUGCAAACUCCGCGACCUGGGCCUCUAUUCCCGCACGGACACCUUCCAGGACCACACGCACAGCUCACACGGCCACACGCCCAAGGACCCUCCGUCGCCCGAGAGCGACCCCACCGGCCACUCGCUGUGCGACUCUGACAUGGACACCGAGUGCUCCGAGAUGGACCACAGCAGGUGUUGACAAAAGCAUGCAGGUGUAGCAGGCUCCUCACCGCGUAUACAGACCCACACCGCGGGGGGGGGGGCUGCAUCCCAACUCUACCCGAGCCCCCCGACCUCUGUGAGCAGAAAGCAGCUGUCGGGUGACCCCUGCGUCAGUGGACAAGUUGAGGCCUCCUCCUCCCGUAGCAACUCGCACCGCCGGCCUUGUGUGUGUUCUGACUAAACGGACCCUUAACGCCUUGUGUUGAUAUGACGCCGAGGGUACGCCACAGGGGUCCGUGUGCGUGAGGUGGAGAUAUAAAGUAUUUGCUUAUAUGUGAGUCGGACAGACAGCCUUCGAAUAGAGAAUCACUCCCUUGUUUGGUGUAAAUACUUCAUUUGUGUUCUCCGACUGUCUCGUCGUAGUCUUAAUGAAUACCCACUCCGCUGGUCCAGGAUCAGCGUGAGGAGUCCGUGACCUCCUGACCUGUAUGCAUCUGUCCACACAUCUGGGAUAUUAGUUAUGCCUGCUGCCCAAGUAGAAGUAGUGCAGGAAAAGUUCAUUAAAAUAGUGGAUUGUAAACUGCAAUCUGCCAUCAGCACCUUGAGACUGGAUCGGUUUUAGAAUUAUUUUGCCACUUGUUUUAUUUUCCAAUGUUAGAAGCAUAAUGUUUGAUAACGCCGACAUGGUCACCGAGGACAGCGCGUUUAUGUCUGACAGACGUUUGACUGGCAUUCAAGCAUUGAGAUAAACAAUCAUGUAGAAAUAGAUUAAAUAGAUGGGUAGUGUGAACGUGCAUGGCUGGUGUGUGAGAAUGAAAAUCUCGCUCUUCACAUGAAUCAUUUCAUCCAGUUGUAUGAUGCACAACGUUUUCAGUGCUUCUGACCAAAUUGUUAUAAUAUAGCAGCCCCAUGUUAAUGUUACUAUGUGCACAUGGUAACACGUAGUGUGCGGUGGCUGUAAUGUGGAUGCUGCAUGUAUGACACACAGUGUCUGCAUUACACCCUUCGUCCACUAGAGAGCGCUCAUCACUUCACGCAACAAACAUCUUGCAAUUAUUUUAUUGUCAAAUUGAAAAAUUCAUUUAAAUCACUUUUAAAAAUACAAAAUAUUGCCUUGUUAAGAUGCUACAGGAAAGUAAAUGUAUAAUAUAUACAUAGUAGCAGUAUAAUGUAGCAGUAAAUAGACGCCAUUGCGACGAAUACUGUGUGAAAAAAGGUCAUUCUGUGUCUUAAAAUUCCUUGUCUGCAUGUCGUUGCCUUCUCUCAUCAUCAGUCAGGUUAAACUGUUUACUUUCUAUCAGUGCCAGCGUAUGUUUUUUAUAUGUCAUGUUGAUACAUUGUAAUUUAUUCGUUUCAUAUUGUUUAUAUUUAUUGAUUUUGAUGGUGGAUGUGAUUUAAAUUCUCAAUUCUUUUGCAAUUAUUCUGUGUAUUAGUGCAAUACUUCCACUGAACAAACUGCAUAUUUCCACGUUGCCAGUCAUUGCCGUAUUUGCACGUAUGUGUUGAGAUGUCAUGUGGUAAACGGCGUAUUCAUACCAUAUUAUCGAUGUCAUUGGGUUAGAAUAUGAAAGUUUUACUCUCCGUGUCCCCCGGUGAGCUCCCCUGUUACAGGAGCCGCUUAAUCCUCUCGGUGUUCCUCAGAGGUCAGGGGUCAGGGGUCAGUGUGCGUCGCUGUCUGUGGAGAUUUCUGCUUGUAGACUGUAGAAGCCAUAUAUUGUCUGUGAUGAAACACUCAUCAACGUGUAAAUAAGAGCCGGGGGGGAAACCGCCAAACUAAUAUGCGAACAUGAUCCAAAAUAAAUUGCUCUGUACUCAUUAAAAAACCAGAUACGUAUGAAUGUAUCAUGCAUAGAGAUAAAAAGCUGUAUGACGAUGGAUUAGUCAUAAUAUUUCAUUAAAUAUACCUGUGGUAUUUUUCUCUUG